CGCAGUAGAAGGACAGCCACCGCCCGGGAGCUAUGACUGGAGUAUUUGACAGAAGAGUCCCAAGCAUCCGAUCCGGCGACUUUCAAGCUCCGUUCCCGACGUCCGCCGCCAUGCACCACCCGUCUCAGGAAUCGCCAACUUUGCCGGAGUCCUCGGCCACCGAUUCUGACUACUACAGUCCCGCGGGGGCCGCCCCGCACGGCUACUGCUCUCCUACCUCUGCUUCUUACGGCAAAGCGCUCAACCCCUACCAGUACCAGUACCACGGCGUGAACGGCUCCGCAGCCGGCUACCCGGCCAAGGCUUAUGCCGACUACGGCUACGCCAGCCCCUAUCACCAGUACGGCGGCGCCUACAACCGCGUCCCGAGUGCCACCAGCCAGCCAGAGAAAGAAGUGGCGGAGCCAGAGGUGAGGAUGGUGAAUGGUAAACCAAAGAAAGUUCGUAAACCCAGGACUAUUUAUUCCAGCUUUCAGCUGGCCGCUUUACAGAGAAGGUUUCAGAAGACUCAAUACCUCGCCCUGCCAGAACGCGCGGAGUUGGCCGCCUCUCUAGGACUGACGCAAACACAGGUGAAAAUCUGGUUUCAGAACAAAAGAUCCAAGAUCAAGAAGAUCAUGAAAAACGGGGAGAUGCCCCCGGAGCACAGUCCCAGCUCCAGCGACCCCAUGGCGUGUAACUCGCCACAGUCACCAGCGGUGUGGGAGCCCCAGGGCUCUUCCCGCUCCCUCAGCCACCACCCUCAUGCCCACCCUCCGACCUCCAACCAGUCCCCCGCGUCCAGCUACCUGGAGAAUUCGGCUUCCUGGUACCCAAGUGCAGCCAGCUCAAUCAAUUCCCACCUGCCACCGCCGGGCUCCUUGCAGCACCCGCUGGCACUGGCCUCCGGGACGCUUUAUUAAAUGGGCUACUCUCUCUUGCUCAGUUUUGGGACUACAGUGUUUUUUGCUGGUUUAGAAAUCAGAAAGAAAGGAAUUCAUACGGGGAUAUUUGAACAAUGGAAACAAAAAAAAUCAUGUGUAAAGCUU